AUGGAGAAAUUUGGAAUGGCUAAUUGCAAUACAUUUCAUAAUUCAGUUGUUCUUGGUUCUCAUCUUACUAAAGAUGAGAGUGGAAAUAAGGUUGAUAGCGCAACACAACCUGCUAUUAUGUUUGUUGUAAGACAACAUACUCGAUAUAUGGACUGUCCUACAAAACUUCAUCAUAAUGCAGCAAAAAGAGUAUUACGAUACUUGAAAUGGAUGUAUGAUUAUGGUAUUCUCUACAAAAAUGGAGGAGAUGUAAAGUCUGAAAGCUACACAGAUAAUGACUAUCUGGGUUCUGGUGCUGUGUUUUUGCUAUCAAAGAAGCAUGAGAUUGUUAUAUUGUCCACAACUGAAAUAGAAUUUGUUGCAGCAACUCAUGCAAUCUGGUUACGAAGAAUUCUAGAGUAUCUUCAUUAG